AUGACUCACUACGCAAAGGAAAUCGAUUACGUUUUUACAUCAGAGAGUGAUAAGUUUGUUGUUGCUGUAGAUAUUGGUGGAACUUUAGCUAAAGUAGUAUAUUCAUCACAUGCACAUAAUUCAUUACGAUUUAAAACAAUUGAGACAGAAAAAAUUGAUCAAUUUAUACAAUUGUUACAUAAGAUCAUUAGGAAAUAUAAUAAUGGCAAUUAUAAAAAUACGCGGCUGGUAGCUACAGGUGGUGGAGCAUUUAAAUUUAAGAAUUUAUUAGAUAAAGAAUUUAAUCAAUUGACUGAACCAAUUGUUCAAUUAGAUGAAAUGGCUUGUUUGAUUAAUGGGCUAGAUUUUUUCAUUCAUACUAUUUCGGAUGAAGUAUUUACAUAUAGUGAAACAGAGGGACAAAUAUUACGUGGGGUUAAUGUGACCAAUGAUACAACGUAUCCAUAUAUGUUAGUUAAUAUUGGAUCCGGUGUAUCUAUAUUAAAAGUCAAUGGACCAAACAAAUUCGAAAGAGUAGGGGGUUCAUCUCUCGGUGGUGGAACUCUUUGGGGGCUGCUGUCUUUGAUUACUGGUGCAAAGAGUUAUGAUCAGAUGUUACAAUGGGCUCAAGAUGGUGAUAAUACGAAUGUAGAUAUGUUAGUAGGAGAUAUAUAUGGUACAGAUUAUGGAAAGAUAGGGUUGAAAGCCUCGAGUAUUGCUAGCUCGUUUGGAAAAGUGUUUCAAGGUGAACGUAGUGAACGGACGGGGGAACGUAGUGGAAAUGCUACUAGUAGUAGUAGCAGUAGUAGUGAUACAAGUGAUUCUGAUAGUGAAAGGAGAGAUUCUAUUGAAAAUGGUACAAAAGAUGAAAUUAUAGAAGAUGGUAAUGGGAGUGCAAUCCUGGGACCACAUGAAUUUAAUAAUGAAGAUAUUUGUAAGAGUUUACUUUAUGCUGUAUCGAAUAAUAUUGGCCAAAUAGCAUAUUUGCAAGCCCAUAUCCAUGACAUACAAAACAUUUAUUUUGGGGGUUCCUAUAUUAGAGGUCAUCUCACUACGAUGAAUACAUUAAGUUAUGCAAUCAAUUUUUGGUCAAAGGGUACAAAACAAGCAUUUUUCCUUAAACAUGAGGGAUACCUUGGUGCAAUGGGUGCAUUCCUACAAUUAGAGAAAGAGCUCAUAUCGCCACCACCGCCAUAG